UCAGUUGUCAGACAUCUCGUUAUUCAAGAUCUGAUAUAUGUUUUAGAAACUUGGGGUUACUCAGCGUACGGUUUACAAUAAAAUGCUUUCUAGUUUUAGUUUUACAUCUGCUCCAUGAGACUUUUUUUUUGGAACGAGUUCGUGUGUUUUCAGAAUAUGUAAAAAAUUGAGGUACGUUGAGAUCUAGUUUACCAUUAAUCAUCUUCAUAAUAGUUUUUCUGUCAUUUAUGUGUUGAUUUUAAUUUGGUCAUCAUUUUAGGUAUGAUUUCUCGAAAUAAGGAUUUAGUGGCACAAUGGAAACAAAAGUUGAUGCAGUUACAACAAGACAGCGAGCAUGUUAUCAACCAAAUGGAUUUGGAAAAUCAAAAUCACAAAAACAAAAUGAACGAUUUAUCACCAGAUGAGAAGAAAGCUGAAAUAAAGGAAUAUCGAGAGACGGAUUUACGUUUGGAAAAACAAUUAAAGAGCCCGAUAAAGGAAACUAGAUUGCUAAAUCGUACAAUGAUGGCACGUGUAGAACAAAUUGACAAAAAUGAAGAAGCCAACGCAAAGAAAUCAUAUUGGAUUCAAAAAUUGGCUAACCGAAAGAUGCAAAAAAAACCAGGCUUCGAAUAAAUAAAAUGUGAAACGUUAUUAAUGAAACUAGAAUGAUAUCUUCUGGUAAUGAAGAUUAAAACUUUAUCUCGAUGUUUGUUUAUCAUAUCAAAAAUUAAAUAAUUUUCUCAGAACAGCUGAGCACAGAGGAAUUACCUCUGUAAAAUUUCAAAAUCUCAUACAUAUCUUCCGUACGUAAGGUCUAUUUGACUACUUGUUUCUCCUCUCUUUUUGGAAAUUUAUUAAUCUUUGUCAUCUUUUUCAUGUAAUUUUCCGGUAAUCAUUUUUGUUGCAACUUUUUGCAGAACAUUUCUAACUUUCUCACAGCUGGUUUCCUAAAGCUGAAACAGUGAAACAGUAAAUUUUAGUAAUUUGACAAGUAACUAGUUGUUACUUUCUAUGGUUAGAAUAUUUUUGACGCGUGUUUCUGAAAAUAUCCAAUAUGGUAUUUUAUGGUUUUAUUGAUUUAAAUAAUAAAUAAUAAAUAAUUUAUUUUAUUAA